CUGACGUAAGACGCAUGAACAACAAACGGUUGUUGGACUUCAACAGGCUCGCGAGGGGUACCGCCGAACAAAAACAGGCUCAGCUGACUUCACCCAAGACCGAAAUACUCUCAAACCCGUGAAGCUGGGAGUCGUGUAACUAUACUUUUCUAAAAACUCAGCAGUGUUUGCCCCGCCACGGUUCUAUAAAGCUACGGCUAGCUGCCGAAACGUGGUCGUUGCUCGGGAGUGUGACGCCUGUUUUUUCCGUCGCUGCCGCUGGUCGAUGGUUGUGAUGUGAGCAGAGUUGCAGCACGACAGAGAGGGUGAGACCUACUGGGGCUACUGUGGGAAUAUAUUGUUUUGUCGCGAAAAAAUGAACUUGAAGAAACGGACGGGCUCACCUAAAAGAAGCAGGAAUGCGACCUAACUCGGGCCUGGACGUCCGGGCUAACAAACGUUAGCUCUCUUUAAUUCAUGUUGACUUGGUUUGGUGUCGGAUUGUGAGCUCACUUUGCUACCGUAAUGGAGGCACCUUGAGUGACUUAUUCGUUUCGGUGUAUUGGCCUGGUCAUAUUUAUUACUGCUGAUAAUGUGUUGACGACUAGGUCGGUUUCUACUUGGAGCAAUAGACCAGUUGACACUCAAUCAUUUAGUUUGCUUUGUGAAUAAUACUGAAACAUUGUCUGUUUUGCACAGGUAUAACACAUUACCUGUGUUAUGUUUUUUGUAUGAAUUUGCACUUUAAAUAGUUAAAUCUUUAGGAUGCACCAAAGUCAUUCUGUGACGUUUGGUUUUUGAAAUCAAUUUUUCAAAAAUUCUCAAUGACAAAAAAAAUUCUAAAGCACUUAAAAGUGAUUUGUCAAUACAGGACCAGCAUAUGUGCCCAUCUGCUCACAUUUUCUGAGGCCACGAGCACAGGCAGUCUUGUUAGUUUUUGUUAGACACUUGGUUAACUUCCAUUCAGUGUGGCAGUUAAAAAACAGUUUCACUGGAAAUGUAAACAUGAAUAUUGAGGAGCAGCGUAUAGAUUUGUGUAAUCUCAAAACACAAAGCAAUGAUGCUACCAUUGACUCAGAAGGUGUUACUCCUCCGAUUUCUGAAAUAAUGACAGACGGUAGCACAGAAACACAAAACAUCGUUCCUACAGGGGGCUCUGAAACAUACCCGAUGCCUCAGCUCACAGACAGUCUUCAGGUCGCUGAGAAGGACAACCAACAGGAGCAGGAUGCACUAGAAAUAGAUGAAGUCAAUGGGAAUAUAAAGAGCUGUACCUUGGACCCUCCUGUUGAUAAUCCCACCAGCUUGAUCUUUUCCAAUGAUGAGCAGCAUAAGACUGUUAUUAAGGAGGAAAGAAUGAAGGAGGAUGUGGACAAUAAUUCUGCAAGCCAUGUCAUGGAAAUAGGGGAUGAUGGUGGGGAUAUGGACAUUGGUGUGGAUCUCAGUCUGGACGAAAGUGGGGUGUUGGAGGCUGAAUCUAGAAAUGUUCAUUUGAGUUCAGAUAAUAUUCUGGACUCUGAGUCUACUCCUCAGGAUACUCCAGCUGGUAGAACUGCAGAGAGCCAGGAAGAUGCAGACCAAAUGUGCAGCACUGAAGCUUCAGUCACUAAUCAAGCCGGACUCUAUCCUUUGGUGGAGGAGGGGGACGAUAAACAAAAAACAACUGGCAAAAGGGUGACAUUUCCUUCAGAUGAUGGUAUUGUCUCUGGAGCAGUGGAGCCAAAGGAUCCCUGGAGGCAUGCUCAUAAUGUGACCGUGGAGGAGAUCCUCUCUUCCUAUAAACAGGCCUGUCAGAAACUCAACUGUAAGACUAUACCCAAAGUGCUCAAACAAAUACAGGAACUGAAGGACCUGACACAGCGUAAUGAAUGCUUAGAUCUAAAAGGUGAGAAGCUGGACUACAAAGCAUGCGAGUCUCUGGAGGAGAUUUUGAAAAGAGUCCAGUUUAAAGUGAUCGACCUGGAGCAGACAAACCUGGAUGAAGAUGGGGCGUCGGCUCUUUUCGACAUGAUAGAGUACUACGAAUCAGCGACACACCUCAACAUCUCCUUCAACAAACACAUAGGGACACGGGGAUGGCAGGCCGCUGCACACAUGAUGAGAAAGACGAGCUCUCUUCAGUACCUUGAUGCCCGUAACACUCCUCUACUGGACCACUCAGCUCCCUUUGUAGCACGAGCGCUCAGGAUCAGUGGCAGUCUGGCCGUCCUCCACCUGGAGAACGCUGGUCUGUCUGGCAGACCGCUCAUGUUACUUGCUACGGCCCUGAAGAUGAACAUGAACCUGCGGGAGCUGUACCUUGCUGACAACAAGCUCAACGGCCUUCAGGAUUCAGCUCAGCUCGGCAACCUGCUCAAGUUCAACUACAACAUUCAGAUCCUGGACGUGCGCAAUAACCACAUCCUAGACUCCGGUUUGGCUUACUUGUGUGAAGGACUAAAAGAGCAGAGGAAAGGCCUCGUCACUUUAGUGCUAUGGAACAACCAGCUCACACACAAUGGAAUGGGCUACCUCACUGCUGCACUGCCGUGCACCCAGAGUCUGGAGACUCUGAACCUCGGUCACAACACAGUCGGUAACGAAGGCGUCCUCAAGCUAAAAGAAGGACUGAUAACCAACCGCUCUCUGCUCCGGUUGGGGUUGGCUUCCACCAAGCUUUCCUGUGAAGGCGCUGUUGCUGUGGCUGAAUUCAUUGCUGAAAGCCCCCGACUGCUGCGCUUGGACCUUCGAGAGAACGAGAUCAAAACCGGUGGCCUGAUGGCUCUGUCGCUCGCUUUAAAGGUCAACAACUCUCUGCUGCGCCUCGACCUAGACCGAGAGCCCAAGAAGGAAGCUGUGAAAAGCUUCAUUGAGACGCAGCGCGCCCUGCUGACUGAGAUCCAGAAUGGCUGCAAGAGGAAUUUUAUUUUUGCCAAGGAGAAAGAGGAAACUGAGCAGAAGAUGAGGUUGUCUACAUCCAUGGCUGAAAUUGCCACAGAGGACGGGACAAAAGAAGAAGAGGACGAAGAGUCCGCUUCUGUUAAAAGGACAGAAGAGGGUGAGAAAGAGCAGGAGGAUGAAAACAAAUCGCAGUCGAGCAGCCAGUCUGAAGAAAGUUCUGAGACGAGUGUUCCUCCAACAAACCAGGAGUCAGACUCCGACACUGAGGAUGAGGAUGAAGGGGAGGUGGUCAUUUCUUCUACUCCAAACUCCUCAUCUCUCCCAAAUCAAACUGCUCCUCAAGCCUCAGCAGUGGCCUCACAUUCCCCCCUCUGUGCCUCAUGUACACCCUCACCCCCCUCCACUUCACCUGCAGGAGGACCCAGUGUCAUACCUGGGAUAACAGUCACAGAGGCAACAGUUCCUCCUGGGACACCUCCUUCUCCUGGGCGCUGUAUAUCCGUCUCCAGUCCAGGGAGGGGUCAUAAGAUUUUUAUGGUAACUCGGGUUGAAAGCCCCCCUGAGCAGCAGCAGCUACAGUUUCAGAAAAGUGCUCCCGCAUCAGCUCUUAGUCAUGGUAAAGAGGUCACAGGGAGGCCUCUAGACUCAAUCACAUCCACGACUCAGCAGAUUUUACCUCCAUCCACACCACAAAUACCAGAGGAUGUGAACAGGAGCGCACCUGCUCCAUCAGCAGAGGGUAAAAUAACCGACGGGAGUCCCGCAUCACGAUUAGAGUCUGAAAUAAACGUCACCAAGUCAUUUAGUCAAUCCAGAACUUUAGAUUCAGCAGGAGCUGCAGAUCCACGUACACAGACACCAGCUUUACCUUGUGAUUCCUCAUCAGUGCAGGAUGAAGCGCAGCUCCCAACAGAGGAGGUAAAGGAGAACUCUAAAAGACCCUGCCCUGAACCCGCCUCUGUGGGAGGAGAAGAAAAGGAGCAAGACCAUAGAUCGGUAAAUCCCUCCGAGUGUAAAGAGAAACUGAACGAAGUAUCAGCGCUAGCAGCUGACUUAGAACAACAGACUGACCAAACAUCAGAAGAGAAGCUUGCACCAAACCAAACAGAGACUGCUCCAUCACAGCAGGGGGCACCAGUCAGUUUGAUGCUAAAGGAGAAACCUGGUUCAGCACAGAACGAGGAAAUGGGUUCGAAGUCAGAAGCUGAUCCUGAUCCAGACUCACCAGUCCAACAGGAGGAGUCAGCUGAUGAGAGCUCGGCAGACGAGUGUUUUGCUGACGCUCUGGAGGGCGAGGUUGUUGGUUUAGCUCUGCCCAACGGUCUGAAGCCCGAGUUCUCCCUCCACCUUCUUGACAAUGAAAACCCAAAACCCGGCAGCUGUGUGAUGGAGCACGUGAGUUCUAGUUGUGGGCAGGAACUGGAGGAGCUGCUCCUCGAGGCCAGCAUGGACACUGGGAGAGACGCUUCAUGAACUGGCUCCGAGGGCAGCAAGCCAAAACAGCACUAAGGUGGUUUGUCCAGCUCUGAACAUCACUGGUCGCUCUACUAUGUUUUUGUCAUUUUUGUCCAACUUGACUACCGACACAUUUCCCCGUACAACAGGUGACUUGAUGUUAGAGUCAAAGUGUCAAACAUGAAAAAAACACAAGACAAGCGCAUCUUUUGGAGCUCAGCUGUGACCAACGAGGACCCUUCUACAUCCACACUACAUCAGUCACAGGAAAACACGGGGAAAAGACACAAAUCCCCCAGUCGUCACUACAUUUAGUCAGUCUGGGAUAUUUAUGCACAACUGAUUGUGCGACCGAAACAAACCAGAAGAUAAAACACUAACCAAAGACAUUUUUCUCAGCCCUUAACCUGCUCUCUCUCGGUUGUUGCUGGGCAGAAUACUUGCAAUCAGUUUUUCAUAACUGUCAGAGACCUGGUGAGAAGGAACACGAGGUAUCAGCAGUGGGACCUGCUGAGAAGACCUGCUGGCUUUAAACACUUGAGAUGUUAAAGGCUUUUAUAUCCAAGGAAGCUGAGGAUGUUAAUCCAUCUGUCUAAAUGUAAACAGUGUGUUUCCCUCCUCCUCUCUAAACUAAAACUCUAUGGGACCUCUGCCAAAGUGACUCACUUCCUGUUUGUUUUCUUGUCUUCUGCUCGGUUUUGCUCCUCAAGAUUUGACACAAAGAAGCUGAACCCCCUCCACCUUUCACUGUUAAGUCUUUAAAAGCUGGAGUCUGUUAUGUGUCUCUCUCCCCACCCCCGGAAAAAAUUGAAUAACUUUAAAAAAUCAGCCGUAUGAGAAGUUAGGACGGUCAGAUGAAUGCUUUUGGUUGGGUUGGCCUAGUUUUUAAGAAUUUCUGCACAUUUCUUCUCCUUGUUUCAGCUGUGAGCCUCCUUAAUUUGUAUUUUUUUUAUCCUUUUCCUCAAUGUUGCCUUCGCUUUUUCAUUGUUGCAUUUUUCCUCUCAUUCCAUCACUUUUUUUGUAUUUAUUCUACAGCUUUGAGCUUUUUUCCAGUUUUAUUUUUCCCCAAUUAAUUUUCUUUUGGUCUGGGUUUGCUUUUGAAGCUGACCCCUUUUUGUUGUAUAUUUCAUAUUCAGAAUAGAGAAAUUAUUUAGAUUAGUCAUUUUUGAGUUGGGGUAAUCUUUAACGGGAGGAUUAAUGGAAUGAUUUAGUUCUGGGACGCAGUCGUGAAAUCAAAUACAAAGAAGCUGCAAUUAUGUGGAGGUCGUUGCUGUUUUUGCCUUUGUGCAGCAGUGUCCAUAAGGGGGCGCUGAUGGCUUUUUUUUGUGCAGACAAGAUCAGUUUGAGCUGAAUUCCAUUACACCAGAAUUAUAAACACCAACAAUGUGUCUGAGAUCUGGUUCCUCUGCCUUUUUUAUUUUCCUCUGAAAAUCAGAACCAGGCAGCGUUCAGCCGCGCCCCGCCCCCCACCCCUCACUGCUCCCCUUCACCCACGCCAUAGCUCCACCCCACCAUUUGUAAUGCUUUAAUUUUUAGAAAUUUUUAAUAAUGAUUUGUUAACUUAAUUGAAAUGUGCUGGUAAUCACAAAGAUAUGUAUGGCAAAAUUUGUUUCUCUCAAAUAAAUGCAUGUAAUAAAUGA